UUGGCUCUUGGAGUCGAUUCUUCUGAUUCACUACCGAGCAUCGGCUCUUAGAGUCGGCUCUUCUGCGCACGGCACAUCCUCAGUGCUAACGGGUUAGCCGGGUAGCUAUCGCUAUCCGGUGUGUGGAUACACGGCGGCGGAGGCGAAUUAUAUACGAGACAGGUUUACAAUCCACACUUCGUUGCGUUUUAUUUUUCGUUUAGCCUCGCAGGUAGUUUAAGUAUGCCCAGCAAAAAGAAGAAAUACAACGCCAGAUUCCCUCCGGCAAGGAUUAAGAAGAUUAUGCAGACCGAUGAAGAAAUAGGCAAAGUGGCUGCAGCAGUGCCUGUUAUUAUUUCGAGAGCACUGGAGCUUUUUUUGGAGUCUUUGCUGACAAAGGCCUGUCAAGUUACCCAGUCUCGGAACGCGAAGACGAUGACGACGUCGCAUCUAAAGCAGUGUAUCGAGCUGGAGCAACAGUUUGAUUUCUUAAAAGACCUGGUGGCGACUGUGCCUGACAUGCAGGGCGAAGGGGAAGAGAACCACAUGGAGGGAGGAGAAAAAGUCCCACGCAGAGGUCGAAAACCAGGAUCUGGCCGUAAGAAUGGAGGGGCUGGCUCCAAAGGCAAAGACAAGAAGCUGUCUGGGACGGAGUCGGAGCAAGAGGACGACUCUGAGGACAGCGAGACGGACGGGGACGAGGAGGACGGCUCGCAGUCGAGCACAAACCUUCAGGCUGCGUCCAGGUUCCACAGCUCAAACGCGCCCCCCCAGCUCAUGCACACGGGCAACAUGUUGUCAAUGGGCAGCAUGGCUCCGGCGCAGCCCCCCGGCGGCAUGGCCUUCGCCCCCCACCCCUCCAUGAUGAGCGUCGCCCCGCCUCCCCCAGCCCCAGCGCCGCACAAAAACGAGGACGACGAUGAAGACUAUGACUCUUAGCUCCCCCCCCCCCUCCUCCUCCCCCGCUGCUCUCUCUCUCUCUCUCUCUCUCUCUCUCUCUCUCUCUCACUCUCACUUUCACACAAACACACUCGAUGUUUUUUUUUUUUUGUUUUUUUUCUUGAAUUUUGUUUCUUGGAAGUUGUUCUUCCGGCGGCUGCUGCUGUAAACAGAGGAGGCAAAGACUCUUCAUCGCAGCUCCCUCCCCCCCCUCCCGACGGCCGACCACCAUCUUUAAUCAUCAUCAUCAUCAUCGUUGCCGCCGCCACAAGACACAUUUCUUGUACAUGUUUUAAUUUUCUUUUUUCCAUUUUAAGAAAAAAAAAUGGUUUUAUUUUAUCUUAGAGGAGAAUCCAAAAAAAAAAAACGUUUUUUAACAAGUCAGAUUUUGACUAGAAAUAAUUACCCCCUUUCCCUCCUCCUCCUCCUUUUCCCUCCCCAUCCCAGACAGGAUAGGCGUGGUUUUUGUGUUGCCUCGUAGCUUUUUUUUUUUAUUUUUUUUUUUGUGUGUCCCCCCUCCCUCCCUCUUUAGUGAUAAACACAGUUCAGUGGACGUAUCGGUCAGGCCCUCGGGUCGGCUGAAGAAGACGAAGCCUCGCUCCGGCUAUCGAUCGGCUGUGACAUGAGAUGUGAGCCCCGCUUCCCGCCUUUUUUCUUUUUUCUUUUUGUUUCCCUACAACUCGCCCUUCAGACCAAUUGUCAGGCUGCAACAUAAACAAGGAAGCAGGUGUAUUUUUACUGUAGGUUGGAGCUAGUCGCUGCCGCCGCCGCCGCCGCCGAGUCUAUUUUUAAGUCCAGUUUUUAUCAAGAGAACUGUAAAACCUCUGCGGAUCCAUAUCAGCAGGUUAAUGAUUUUCCAUUGUGUUGAUGCUGUUUUUUUCCUUUUUUUUUUGAUGAUGCCAAGAGGGGGGGGUAUUACAUUAUUUUAUAUGACCAUUAAAUUGCCCCCAUCAGAACCAUAACUUUGUUUUUAAAGAAAUUUCCUCCUCCUCUCCUUUGUCCUCUCUUAAUUUUCUGCCACCUCUAUUUUUUUUUAUUUUUUUUUUCCUCCCCUCUCUAUUUUAGAUUGUUUUAAACGUAUUUCAUUAAAAUGCAGAGAUGGGGCUCCCAUUUACGUGUCGGUAUUGAAUGGUUGCGAAAACAGGCAGUUGAAUCUGUAUUGUAAACUUUUAGCAUUCUUUUUAUUUUGUAUGGGUGAAAUAAAGUUCAUAUUUCAAAUGAGAAAAAAAAAACAAACAAAUGAUAAAAAAAAAAAAACAACCGGCGUCGACCGUUGUCUCGGUGGUUUUGUUCUUCACACGUCGAGGGUUUUUUUUAGACGAAGCUCCGCCUUCUUUUAUUUUGAAGGAACCUUGUAGAGUCCAGGCCUGACUCGUGUGACUUUUUUUUUUUUUUGACCCUUUUAUUUAUUUAUUUUUUUUUUGCAGAAUUAAAAAUGUUCCCAUGGA